GUCAUCAUACUUGUCGGACUGCCCGGGAGAGGCAAGACAUUCUUGUGCAACAAAAUCAAAUGUUACCUGAACUGGUUGGGCCACCACACGCGGCACUUCAACGUGGGGAGCUACCGCCGCCUGCAGAAGGGCGAUCACGAGGUGCAGAACGCCGACUUUUUUGACGCCCACAAUUCGGCGGGGAUAGAGGCCCGCAAUCGCGCGUUGUAUGCGGCGCUGGAUCACCUGAAGGCGUACCUCUACUCAGAGAUUGGGCAGGUGGCCAUUUUCGACGCGACCAACACCACAGUGGAGCGCCGGAAGCUGCUGAUUAAACAUUUUCAUGGCCGGUUCCAGUACCUGUUCAUCGAGUCCAUUUGCACCGAUGAAAAGGUCCUAGAACAGAACUACCGCUUCAAGAUGCAGUACAGUCCCGACUACCGGGGCAUGGACAUGCAGCAGUCCCUCUCCGACUUCAAGGAGCGCAUUCACAAGUACGAGGAGGUGUACGAACCCAUAAACGACCGCAAUCUGCACUACAUCAAGCUCAUUGACAUGGUGACGGGUCGCGGGCACAUGGACCUGAACCGGAUCAGUGGCUACCUGCCCGGCAAAAUUGUGUUCUUCCUCAUGCAGAAUCCCCCCCCCUUCCCCUCCCUCUCCCCCUCCCCCUUCCCCGCACAUUUAGGCGAGUCGGAGUACAACCUGAAGCACCGCAUCGGGGGCAACUCGCCGCUGUCCCCCGCCGGCGAGGUGUACGCCAGGUGCCUGCCGGAGAUGCUGCUCGACCGAUUGCCCCUGGACGACCAAACCUGCGUGCCCGUGUCGGUGUGGACCUCCACAUUGUGUCGUACAAUACAGACUGCGCGAUACCUGCCCUUCCCGAAACUUCGGUGGAAGGCGCUAGACGAGAUCCAGGCGGGCGCAUGUGACGGGCUGACCUACGAGGAAAUCGAACAACGCUUCCCCGAGGAGUUUGCAGCGCGGCAGAAAGACAAACUGCGAUACCGUUACCCCGCGGGUGAGUCCUAUCUAGACGUGAUUCAGCGGCUGGAGCCCGUCAUCAUCGAGAUGGAGCGGGAGAAGGAGUGUAUUGUGGUGGUGGGGCACCAGGCGGUGCUGCGGGCGGUGCUGGGGUACUUCAUGGCCAAG